AUGCCUGGCAUUUCUCUGGAGCUCGAGUUGUUCGGCGAGGAGUCGCCCGACGAAGAGGCUCCCGACGAGAGCUCUCCAAAAGCUGCCAAGAGCGGCCUGACAGUCGCUAGUGAUGAGCCUCAAACGGUCACGGAGGACGCCAAAUUAUUGGCUAGCACAUCCAAAAAGAGGAAGCAUGAAGAGGGGUCCGACACAUCCGAUUCGAAAGGCUCUCCCAGAGAUGAGCACGACGUGAGACCUCCGAAAUGGGCUCCUUUCCAAGUCAGCGAUGAUCCCAACAAGAUUCGACAGACCAAUACCGGCAAGGACAUUCCGACGAACGCUCAACUCAUAAGGGCUUACACCACCGACACGGUAGAGACCGAGUUCGAUGACCACACGCAGCUUCGAGCCUGGCUCAAGAUCCAACACCAGCCUUCCCGUGGCAAGUUCGAAGACUUGGCGGUGAGAGUUGGGGAGUACAUCAAAGCACAUGGCCAAGAGAUUGAUCAUUGGUAUGGAACGGUCAAGACGGUCCAGAAGAAGGCGCCGAAGCCUAAGAAGCAGCAGGCCCAGACCAAGGACGAUAUCCUGGCUGCGGCUCAGAAGGCUUUCGAGGAGGCGAACCGACCGAGUGUACCAACUGGAGGUACGAAGUCAGAGAAGUUCUCAGGUGAUACAGCCCGCGAGGCAGCUAAGGGGCAUCCGAGGCGCAAGAAAGUCAAGCACGCUCAUGUGCCGGAAGGUGAUCCAAGCGAGAGACCGCAAUGA